UUCACAAAUCCACUCACCAAAAUUCCCUUUCUUCCGAUUUCAAUUUUACCUUCCUCAUCCACCACCGUCCACGGCCGGCGUUACCGCUACCACCACCACCACCGCAACCUCCACUUCCACCUCCACCUCAAUUGCUCCUCCAGACCUCUAUGUAUUUCAGAAAAAUCCGGUUUUUAGGGUUUAUAUUCAGCUCCUUGUUGAUCCUUGCAGCGGGUUAAUUGGAUUGAAAUCAGAAGGAAUCAAUGCUAGUAAUUGUCGGUAUAUUACUGCUUUUCGGUCUCGUAGUUCGCCACAAGUGGCGGAAUGGCGCUGCGAAGAAGGAGGCGAUUCUGAGGCUGGUGGCCGUCACCUCGGAAGAAGAAGCACAAAUUGCUAAGCUCCAAGCUAUUGAACAGUACAAUUCGCAGAGCGUAGAGUACACACCGCAGCCCAGUAAUACGCCGCAGCUCGAAUCGCAGCAUUUUUGCGCCGUUUGUCGCUGCCCCACCACCACUAGGUGUUCUAGGUGUAAAGCUGCUAGAUACUGUUCUGGUAAGUGCCAAAUAAUUCAUUGGAGACAAGGCCAUAAAGAUGAGUGCCAACCACCAGUUGCGUUGUAUGCUACAAAGAAAAGUGAAUAUGUUGUGGACACAGCUCCAGAAAAUCAGUUUAGCAUGCAUUUAAAAAAUGAAAGUAAAAUUUGUUCAGAUCCCAGCGAGGAAUGUGAUGAUUCAGCAUCCUCAGGAAGCUCAAUUUCUUCCUUCUUUUCUUCCACCAAUCAAAGUGAAUCGUCAGCUUCUACUUCUACAAAUGAGGACGUCGAGUGCCAACCAACUAUUGCAUUACCUGCUAGAAUGGAAAGUGAAUCUGUUGCGGAAACAGCUCCAGAAAUUGAUAUGCAUUUGAAAGUUGAAACUAAGAUUUCAGAUCCCAGGGAAGAAUGUGAUGAUUCAAGAUCUUCAGGUAGUUCAGUGUCUUGCUUCUUGUCUUCUACCGAACAAAGUGAAACAUCUCCUGAUGCUUAUACUAAUGGGGUUAUCGAGUUAGAAACUCAUAGCAGGCCAGAUAAAGCACCUUCAGUUGGAACUGAUUCGUACAUCCCAGAUAUGGUUUCCUACAUUGAUGAUGCAAAUGUACUAAGUACAUCUCAUCCUGCUUGUUCGGUUAACAAGAUUGAUGAAAGCCUCAAGUCAACAGACUUAAAAGAGAAAAGAAAAGGGGGUGGAGUUGCUGUGAGAGAAGAAUUUUUAUCUGCUGAGUCUGAGUUGGGAAGUCAACCAACUAGUUCUGCCAGGACAUCGUCAACCGGCGAUUGGGGAAACCCAGUGCAGACAUCCAUGAUUAGAGUAAUGAGGUCAAAAUCUGCUAAGACUGCGGGCAAUAAUGAAAUACAAAAUAUAGUCCGGAGUUCAGAAUACUCAAAAUCUUCUAAGUUAUCACAGUCCCAUGACUACAAGAAAAAUGAAGUUUGCACUGGUAAGGAAACAAAAUCUGUGGCAAUGUCUAUGAGUUCAGGCAAGUGUCAGAAGAUGCAUACCGAUGCUGGUACCCCUGAAGCUAUUUCAUUAGAAACUGAAGGUGUUCGAAUUUUGUCGCAAUCUACUGGCAAAGGUCUGAAAUCAUCAGUUCGGAAACUUGCACAACAUUUUCGAGUGCCCAAGCAAUCAAAGUCCUAUACACUGGAUGUUGUCAAGGAUUCUAGUGACAGUCAUAACAAUAAGGUCAUAUUUUCCAUUAAGCUUUUCAUGCAAUUAUACUCUUCUGAAAAUGUGGGACUUCAUCCGUUUGGCCUUGCUAAUUGUGGAAAUAGUUGUUAUGCGAAUGCUGUGCUGCAGUGUCUGAUUUUUACUCGGCCGAUUACUUCUUAUCUUCUUCAAGGGUUACAUUCAAAAUCAUGUCGGAAGAGAGACUGGUGCUUUAUUUGUAAGUUUGAACGUCUGAUUCAAACGGGACAAGAAACAAACUCUCCUUUAUCCCCAGUUGGACUACUGUCCCAUAUACAGCCAAUUGGAAGAGAAGAAGAUGCACAUGAGUUUUUAAGAAAUGUCGUUGACAAAAUGCAGUCCACAUGCCUUGAAGAAGCUGGGGUUUCUAGUUCAUUCGCUGAGGAUUCAACCCUUAUGGGUCUGACUUUUGGUGGUUACCUUCGAUCAAAGAUUAAAUGCACGAAGUGUUUAGGGAGAUCUGAGCGGCAUGAUCGGAUGCUGGAUCUUACUGUGGAGAUUGAUGGGGAGAUAUACACACUUGAACAGGCUCUUGCACAGUUCACGUCGUCUGAAACACUUGGUGGAGAUGAUAAGUAUAAGUGCAACAGAUGCAAGUCUUAUGAGAAAGCAAAGAAGAAACUGACUAUACUUGAGGCUCCUAAUAUUCUCACUGUUGUGCUGAAGCGUUUCCGGUCAGGCAAUUUUGAGAAGCUGACUAAACAUAUUCGCUUUCCUGAGGUUUUGGACCUUUCUCCUUAUAUGAGUGUGACAGGGGACAAAUACCCAAUAUAUCAUCUCUACGCAGUGGUUGUUCACUUGGGUGUAAUGAAUGGUGCUUACAGUGGUCACUAUGUCAGUUACGUGAAGAAUUCCAAAGGAUAUUGGUUUAGAAUUGAUGACAGCAGGGUGAGCCGUGUGGACUUGGAGGCAGUCUUAUCUGCAGAAGCAUACAUUCUCUUUUACGCAAGGCAUGCCCCAAGAGGUGCAUCUUUUGCUAGGAAUAGCAGUUUGUAUUCGGAUCCGAAAGCCAAGAAAAACAUGGAGGCCAUCCCUCCCAUCAUCAAUUCAAAGAAAAAAAAUCCGAAAUCAAAAUUAAGCUCUUCUGGUCGGAGUACAGCCCACUGGAUGUCUCCAAAUGAUUUCGGUGGUUCUCCCAUAGUAGAUCCCGAGGAUUGGGAAUUUCAAGUGAAGCAGCAUAAAAAACACGUAGGGGACUCAUCGAGUGAUAGUUCUUCCAUCUUCAGCACAUCCGAUGCUGGCUCGUAUAGUACAGACAGCACCAAGGACUCUAGUGCAGAAGACCUCUCUGGCUACCUUUUCGGCCCUAACUGGCAAGACAGGGACCUUUAGCAGCCAAUGUCUCGUACGUGGAAGCUCCUGCAUUGAUUGCAGGAUCAAGCCUGGGUUUCUCUGGCAUUGUAAUAAGCCGGUGGUGCAGGCGACGGGACUUGGGGGAACGAAGAUAUUGAGAAGGAGAAGGUAGCUUCCCAGUUCCCUUUUGUAUACUAUAACUGUGGAAUUAAUAGUAGAUAAAUAGGCAGUCCAAUAGUUGUAGAGGUAAAUAAAAUCACAGCAGAAUUAACCAACGCCGGAAAUAAUUAUGCCGACUAUAAAGGAGAAGAGCUGCUUAAACAUUUUUCUUUGUUCCUUUUUUUUUGGCGUGGAUAAGCCUACAAGUUGUAAAUCCUCACGGCCGAUUUGUAUCUCAGCAACUUCUCAUAAUUCCAAAUAUAUAUAAAGCCAUUUUGCCCUUUGAA